CUCCUUGAAAUGCAAUAAUCAGCUGUAUUCAAAUAACGUCUAAUAUAAAUAUAACCCAGAAUAUCUACUCAGUGAACAAAGAACAAUAUUGCAAAUUUCUAAUUUUUCUGCAGGUUUUAGGUUUGCUGGUAGCUCUACGACAUAUAUUUGCGUAUUUCUUAAUCGCUGUGAAUAUAGUGUGGAUGUUUGUUAAGUUCCUGAACAACGAAAAAUAUUCAACUUUAUGGAUGUAUGGAUAUUAAAAAACCAGAAUGGUUUUGUGGGAAUAUCAAUCUAAGGUGCCGGUAAUGGUUCUGAUUAACGGCAAGUAAAUGAAUGAAUGUUUGGAAACGAGCAAUAUCUAUGAACUUUUUGGUAGAGCCAGUGAUCAAGAAAAGCGCCUUCUGGAGUAUCAUUGGUUGCACCUAUAGCAUAUUUAAUAUUCAACGAGGGGUCCGUCUGGUAAAACUCAAUGUCAGAGUGUCCCCAAGUAAUAAUCACAGAACAGAAAAAUAGGAGGAAAAGGCAAGUGGAUGAUGCGAUGAAAAGGGUUGACAACUUGAAAGAAAUGGCACAACAGAAGAAGGGCAAGCUUUUAGAAGAAACAGAAACACUUUUACUUCUAUUUGAUUUUUAGAAAUGUACAUAUUAUGUAUAAUGUAAUAAACCUUUAAAUUAAUUUUUAA